GGUUGCGGCGGUGUGCGUUAUGUAGCGCGCGCGUCGUCUGGGCUUUCUGCGGCCAGCUAAAGUUCGCAGCGUGUCCGUGCGUCGGAAUGGCUCGCCGCGCGUUGCGAAUCGACGAGUAUGAGUGUGGUUGAGAUUUUGCCGGUGCGCACACGUGGAUUCUUGUGAAUGGGUGCUGCCUCAGGCGCGAUUUAGGUCCAGAGCUUAAAUUUGCGGCCGGGCAGCGCGCGUUUUCCGGUCCGCAAGAACACCCUUGCAACGCGUCCAGGUAAGUCUCCGGACGGCUCCCGUUGGCGGUUUCGGGCAUCUGCGCUUGUACUGGAACACCGCGCGCGGCGCGCGUGACAAAAAGCCGCCGGCCGUUGCGCUAACGAGACGUCCCAGGGAGACCUCUCCAGGCACGUGUCUCGACGCAGCUGCCUUCACAAGCUCCGCGCACAUCAGGUGAUGGCUGAUGCCAUUUUUGGGUGCUAAAAACACCUCCCGAGUGCUGCAAAAUUGCAGCAGAUUACGCCUUCGCUGCGACCUCUGGAACCAUCAUUCAUCGCUGCAUUCGUUUCCGCGAGCGUUGCCGCAGUCCUUCGUGCCUGCACUGCCAUUGCAUAUAGCAGUGCUGCACCAAAGCGAUCGCAGCGCACCACAGCGACGCGAUAGCACUCGGAAAACCAUGGACCGCUACGCCGUGCUCCAGCGUUUAACAGAUGCGCAGAACGCUCUAUUAGGAGUAGCCGCCGGCGCGAUCGAGGCGGCGUCCACGCAGCCGCUGACGUACACGAAGAACUGCAUCCAGCAGAAGGUCCGAGUGUCCCUAGACCCGCGCAUCAUGUACCGCGGCACGCCGGCGUCGAUGCUGGCGGAUGGCACGCUGAUCGGCGCCCAGUUCUGGGUCUGCGGGUUCCUGCAAAAAUUGAUAGUGAAGGGCAAUCCCCGCGAUUUGACGUUCGCGGAGGAGGUCGGGUCGGCCUAUCUCGCUGGUUUCGCGAGUGGCGUGCCUUGUACGGUCCUGGAACUGACGAUGAUCCAGCAGCAGCGGUUCGGGGGGACGCUGCCGGGCACGUUGCGACGGCUUUACGAGCGGAAUGGAUUGUCAGGCUUGUUCCGAGGUUUUAUUCCUGCGUCGCAGCGCGAAGCGUUCUUCGCGGUGGGUUAUCUCGGCCUGUCGCCGCGCGUCGAACGGGUCUGCGACUCGCUGGAGAUGUCGCCGACGGCGGGCGUCGCGGCCGGUUCUAUUGCUUCUGGUGUAUUAUGUGCCGCGCUGACGCAUCCUUUUGAUACUUGUAAGAGCAUCAUCCAGGGCGACCUCGAGUGCGGCGGCCUCUCGGCGACGGCGCGAGCAUUGUACGCGGAGAACGGGAUACAGGGCUUCUUCCGCGGCUACCCGGCGCGCGCGGCCAUGAUCUGCUGCUGUUUUUUCAUCUUCAAUGUUGGUGGGCGGCGUCCCUUUUUCAUACGCGUGGCAUCGCGCCGACGGCUCAUACGGCAUCGAUCCGCGCAGGAGACGAAGCUGCGGCUCGGCGUGGCGCUCUUCCCCGGCCGGCUCCUCGACAAGCCACGGGAGGACGUAAAAUAAUUCACACAAAAGGGUAGUUA